AAUUUUCCGCACUCUCUCGCCAUAUAUAUAAGGUAGGGCAGACUUCUGUUGUUUGGGGAUAAUUCCCUCGACUUAUACCGGAAUAUUUCCCUCGCUCUCCCAGCCUCUCUGCGCCGACCACCCGAUCGAAUCCCGCCUCGCCGAUCGCCGCCAUUAUGAAGUUCGCCUCUAUCGUCGCCCUAGCGCUGCCCGCAGUGGCUCUGGCCCAGUCGUUGACCACCUCGACUAUCAGCGCCACGCCCACUCCUACCGGCCCACCCGACCUGACCGUCUGUGAAGAAGCGGCCGGGUCGUACGCCGAUGCCUGCCCGCAGUGCGCCCCAAAGUGCGCCACCUCGUCCGCUUAUGCCCAGUGCAUCUACAGCGUGUUCUCGACCGUCAACUACAUCCAGUCCCAGUGCUGGCAGCACGGCGGCAACAACUGCAGAGAGAGGGCCCUGGCCCAAGUGUGCGGCUAGAUCCAGAACCGGCACCGAGCCUAGACCUGUGCCCUGGCUCUCCAAAGUGGUGGCAUGGUUGGCCUGUAUACCCGACCGACUCUUGUGCUAUUCAAGUCAUGCACGCCUCACCAACCUGGUUUGUAAGGCGCGCUCUUGAGACAUGCGCGAAGACGUCGUGGUAUCGCCAAUAUCUACAACCCGGCAAGGGCCCCUUUGACCCAGCCCGACAAGCCAGUCUGAAUUCAUGGACGUGGCGUCGUUGCCCGUGAGGCCCGUAAUUCAAUCAUCUGCGCGGGGGGUGUAAUAGAGAGAGAUGGCCAUCAUCUAUAACACUUAACUUAAAUUCAACCACCCGCCUCCUCUCCUGGCAUCUACGACAAUGUCAACUAAGCAUCGGUCCCACCGUCUUCCUAUCCAAGGCCGUGUUGAUCACGCCUCGCUCUUUCAGGCCAGCUGAAGCCACUUGUCUGGCCGAUCCUAAGAAGCACGCGACGGCUACUGAAUUGUCUAUCUCGUCUU